CUUCCCGUCACCUUUGUUGCUUGUCUUUCGUUACCAAUCUCGAUUUUCCACCGCGUCGUCAGCAUGGACCCAGACGGCCUCUUUGAUUUCCUGGAAAAUGCUCCUCCAGCAGGCUCAUCGAAGCAGACAGGCUCGACUCCUGUCGCCACAGCAUCAGCAGCAGCAGCAGCAAAGAAGCGGCCGUCCGAUGUAGUCUCUCCAUCUUCUCCACCUCACGCCGCUGCUGACGAUACCCUCGAAAAUGGCAAUGACGCCGCCACUUCGUCUUCGUCGAAGAAGAGCAGCAAGAAAUCACGCAAGGCAGCUCCUGCACCCGUACUCGCGGAUGAGUUCACCGCAGAGGCUGUGAGGGAGGUGCCGAUCAGCAAGGACGCUUCAGAUGCAGGCGCCGUCGCCUCAUCGAGCUCCUCUGGGGGAGGGGGAGCAGGCAAUGUCAAAUCGAAUGGCGCUGCGCAACAGGUAGCAGACGAGCUCGGCGGGGAUGGCACCGUUGUCGGUACAUCUACUACAACGGUUGCCGGCCCGAAGGCAGGCGAGGAUGGCGAAUCAAAGGGAGCAAUGCAGAUCUCGCACUCUGUCCGCCAUCAAGUGGCUCUGCCCCCCGCCUUCUCCGGUUACGUCCCUCUGUCGCAGCAUGUGCCUCCCGAUCCGCCUGCGAGGGAGUACCCUUUCACCUUGGACCCAUUCCAGCGGACGGCCAUCUACUCGAUUCAGAGGGAGGAGAGCGUGCUGGUCAGCGCGCAUACCAGUGCGGGAAAGACGGUCGUGGCAGAGUAUGCUAUUGCUCAGUGUCUAAAGAACGGGCAGAGAGUUGUUUAUACGAGUCCGAUCAAGGCCCUCUCCAACCAAAAGUACCGCGAGCUCACAGCCGACUUCGGCGACGUGGGUCUCAUGACAGGCGACGUCACCAUUAAUCCAUCAGCGAGCUGUCUCGUCAUGACUACGGAGAUUCUGCGCUCAAUGCUGUAUCGCGGUUCAGAGAUCAUGCGCGAGGUGGCUUGGGUUGUGUUCGACGAGAUCCAUUACAUGCGAGACAAGGAGCGUGGAGUCGUGUGGGAAGAAACGAUCAUCCUCUUGCCGCGCAAGGUGCGCUACGUCUUCCUCUCUGCAACGAUUCCCAACGCAUUCCAAUUCGCUUCAUGGAUCGCUACGACGCACAAUCAGCCGUGCCACGUCGUUUAUACCGACUUUCGACCCACGCCACUGCAACACUACCUUUUCCCCUCGGGAGGCGACGGUAUCCACCUCGUAGUCGACGAGCGCGGUACAUUCAAGGAAGAGAACUUUCAAAAGGCAAUGGGCGCACUCUCCGACUCACGCGGCGAGGACCCAGCAGCAGCAGACUCCGGUCGCAACAAGAAGGGAAAGACGAAGAAAGGCGGGGAGAAGGGGCCAUCUGACAUCUACAAGAUUGUCAAGAUGAUCAUGCUCAAGAACAACAACCCUGUCAUUGUGUUUGCCUUUUCGAAGAGGGAAUGCGAAGGGUUGGCAUUGCAAAUGAGCAAGUUGGAGUUCAAUACGGAUGAGGAGAAGAAUAUGGUAUCCACCGUCUUCAACAACGCUAUCUCUGCCCUCUCCGAGGAGGACAGGGCCUUGCCUCAGAUCGAGCACAUCUUGCCACUGCUGCGUCGCGGCAUCGGUAUCCACCACGGUGGUCUACUCCCUAUCCUCAAAGAGGUCAUCGAGAUCCUGUUCCAAGAAGGUCUGCUCAAGGUCCUCUUCGCUACCGAGACCUUCUCCAUCGGCCUCAACAUGCCAGCAAAGACGGUAGUGUUUACGGCGGUACGCAAGUGGGAUGGCAAGGAGUUUCGCAAUUUGACGUCGGGCGAGUUCAUCCAGAUGUCUGGCCGAGCAGGACGUCGAGGCUUGGACGAUAGGGGGAUCGUCAUCAUGAUGUUUGACGAGAAGCUCGAGCCGGCUUCAGCGAAGACGAUGGUGAAGGGCGAGGCGGAUCGACUCAAUUCCGCUUUCCACCUCGGCUACAACAUGGUCCUCAACCUGAUGCGCGUGGAGGGUAUCUCACCGGAGUACAUGCUGGAGCGCUGUUUCUUCCAGUAUCAGUCAGCCGCCUCGAUCCCACAACUGGAGCUCGAGCUCGAAGGAGCGCAGAAGGAGCUGGACGAAGCAAGAGUGCCGGAUGAGGAGGCGGCGGAUGAGUACUUUGGCCUGCAGAAGCAGCUCGACGCACUCGAUGCCGACUACCAAGAGGUCAUCUCCCACCCUAGCUACGCAUUGCCAUUCCUUCAGCCUGGCCGGCUGGUAAGAAUCCAGCACGAGGCCCUCGACUUUGGAUGGGGAUGCGUCGUCAAUUACCAGAAGCGAUUGCCGCCCAAGGGCAGGCCUGCCGAUCCGAACGCAAAGCCGCAGACGCAGUACAUCGUAGACUGUGUGCUUCACUGCGCCCAGGGGUCCGGUGCUUCUUUGUCCAACGGCAGUAGCGGAGGGAAACAACAGCAACAGCGCCAAGAGUCUGCCCUUGCGCUGGAAGGCAUCUCUCCGUGUCCGAUAGGGGAGAAGGGUGAGAUGCUAGUCAUCCCCGUCCUCCUUACCACUGUGCAGCAACUCAGUGCCAUCAAGCUCUUCCUGCCCAAGGACCUCAGACCAAAAGAGUCGCGCGACCAAGUGCGCAAGAAUCUCGCCGAAGUAGCCAAGCGUUUCCCUUCCUCCAAGGGCGGUGUGCCGACACUGGAUGCCGUCAAGGACAUGAAGGUUACGGACGAGGGCUUCACCAAGUUGCUCAGCAAGCGUGAAGCAUUGCGCGAAGCGAUGAAGAAGUCGUCCGUCCACGACUCACCGCAACGCGAGGAGAUGCGCGAGGCAUGGCAAGCCAAAUCCACCCUCCGUGAGCGGGUUGCCAGCAUCAAGGCUCAAAUCGGAAGUGCUCACUCCGUCAUGCAACUCGAUGAGCUCAAAUGUCGCAAACGCGUACUCCGUCGCCUAGGCUUCACGAGCCAGGACGACGUAGUGGAGAAGAAGGGCCGUGUAGCCUGCGAGAUCUCCACCGGUGACGAGCUACUCCUCACCGAGCUGAUCUUCACCGGUCUCUUCAAUACCCUCACACCCGAGCACUGUGCUGCUCUUCUUUCCUGCUUCGUCUUCAGCGAAAAGUCAGAGCAGCAGAUCCGCCUCAAGGAGGAUCUGGCUGCCCCCCUGCGCACAAUGCAGGAGACGGCUCGUCGUAUUGCUCGUGUUGCAAGGGAGUGCAAGAUGGAGGACGUAAAUGAGGAGGAGUACGUGAGCAGCUUCAGGGUCGAAAUGAUGGAUGCAGUACUUGCUUGGUGCAAGGGCGGUAAGUUCAGUGAGAUCUGUAAGCUCACCGACGUCUUUGAAGGGUCGGUGAUUAGGGCUUUCCGAAGACUGCAGGAGCUGCUCAGGCAGAUGACUAUGGCUGCGAAAGCGAUUGGGAAUGGGGAGUUGGAGGAGAAGUUUAAUGAGAGUUUGGCGAAAUUGGAGAGGCAGAGUAGCAUCAUCUUUUCGCCUUCGCUGUACCUUUAGGCGGAGGAAGAGGGGAGUGAGACGGAAGGGGCAUGGCGGACGUUGUUAUCGCUGUGACUAUCGAGUAGUUGGUGGUUUGCUUGGGCUUUCAGACGCAGGGCGAGUAGGGACGGAUGGGCUGGAUGGCAGAUCGUGAUGACGGCAGGUUCAAUCCAUGGCGCUGCCUGUAUCUAUGACAAGAUCAACGGUAGUGAAAGCAAAGGACGCUGUAGACGUUUGCGCCCCCCCUU